AGGCGAGGAUGCUGAGGAGAGUUUGAGCCCGCUUCUCUUCCCAUGUUAUACAGAAACUCACUUUAUAAACCACAAAACUUCUUUGCGUUCGGGGUCUUUAUAAGUAAUUUAUCAGCUUGAUUUGAUCUUCAGGCGAUGGUUGGCUUUUUCGGCGGAAGGAUGGAUUGCGUCGCGGAUGAAGCGUGAAGCAGGUGCGUUUACCGGAGAUGAUGAUGACGCUGCUCCGCUUCUCCGUCAGAAGAUGAACUUCAGUCCCGUUGCACCGAGCUGCUGGAGGGCUUCGUGGAGGUUUGACCGCUGCCGGAUUCGUGUUCUUUGGGAUAUCGAUGAUUCUGCUGGGAUCGGAUGGUUUUAAAGCGCGCGGAGCGUCAGUUCGUGAUCCCUGAAGUCUUCAGCGACCCGUAGAGCUCACACUGCACCAUGCUGGCGUGUCUGCAGAGACAGAACCAACACCAACACCAACACCAACACCUCCACCUCACGUGUGCCGCCAAUCACAAGAGUACGUCUGGCACCGACGAUGAGCUGAUUUCCAUGCGGUACCCAUCUGCGGCCGAACUGGACGCCUACGCGCAAAGAACAGCCGAGAGCCCACUUUCAAUCAAGAUCUUUCCCACCAACAUCAGGGUCCCACAGCACAAACAAAUCAGCAGGACUGUGAACGGCCUGGACACAGGCGACCAGGGCUUGGGCCCGUACUUGCACCCCUACGCUGGCGCCUACCAAGGCUUGUUGGCGAUCGUCAAGACUUCCUCUGCGACCAAAGGUGUGCUAAAGAGCGCCGAUGGAAAACGUACUAAACUAUCCCCUGUUCAAAUGGCGGUGGCUCCGUAUGCGCCGCCCAGCAGGAACAGACACCGGCCCUACGCCGUCAUUUCCCAUCACACGAGCCGUCCGUCUAACAUCCAAUCCAGUCCCUCGUUCCUGUCCGCAUCUUGCGCAGACUCUAGUUUUGCUCUGCCGUAUUCCGGAGCCGUUCUUCCUACUCAGAGCGCGGAUGUAGCUGGUUCGGAUUAUUAUUGGGCUCAUUAUCCACACAUGUAUGUAUCGGGGAACCGCUCACCUGACAUUUCCUACAGAUCCUACCCUCCCAGUCUAACGAUUCUAGACAAAGUCCCGACACCCCCCGUGAUGCAUGGUGAUUUCUCUGUUGGACAGUUUUUCACUCCUGCUUGGAAUAGCGUGCUUGCAACGCCGGAUAGCGACUGUUAUAACCCUCAGGAGAUGCCUGCUAUGCGCCUCCAUCCAUACACCCAACAACCUCCGGCGUACCUGUGCUGCGGGCCGCAAGAGAAGAGCCUCAGCAGCAGCCUGCAGUCUCUGGAGUGCCUCAUCAGCGAUAUCCACCCGCCUUGCAUCAAGGAGUGCAUGCUGGGACGAGGACACGAGCCAUACCUUCAGCUGCCCAUGUUGAGAUAGGACGCUUCACUGCAAAACAUUAUUCUCUUACUCAGGAUUUUUGUCUUAGCAAAAACUAAAAAUAUAUAUUUAUAUUUUCUUUUAGAAAACCAUAUUUAAUAUUUUACUUUUCAAGUAAAUGCAUCUUGAUUCAAUAGUGUUUAGAUAUUUAUACUAGAAAAUACGACUAAAAUACUGAGUAAGAGAAUCAUUUAUUGCAGUUUUGUGAGAUAAAUGAGUUAAAAAUUUUGUAAGCAUUUUUUUUUUCGUAUUUGUCAUCCUUUCCUAUCAAAAUGCUUGUUAUGGAUGACUCAGUAGCCCAGCUGAUCUGGAAGCGCAGGUGAUUCAGUAGCGCAGCUGAUCUGGAAGCGCAGGUGAUUCAGUAGCGCAGCUGAUCUGGAAGCGCAGGUGAUUCAGUAGCGCAGUUGAUCUGGAAGCGCAGGUGAUUCAGUAGCGCAGCUGAUCUGGAAGCGCAGGUGAUUCAGUAGCGCAGCUGAUCUGGAAGCGCAGGUGAUUCAGUAGCGCAGCUGAUCUGGAAGCGCAGGUGAUUCAGUAGCGCAGCUGAUCUGGAAGCGCAGGUGAUUCAGUAGCGCAGCUGAUCUGGAAGCGCAGGUGAUUCAGUAGCGCAGCUGAUCUGGAAGCGCAGGUGAUUCAGUAGCGCAGCUGAUCUGGAAGCGCAGGUGAUUCAGUAGCGCAGCUGAUCUGGAAGCGCAGGUGAUUCAGUAGCGCAGCUGAUCUGGAAGCGCAGGUGAUUCAGUAGCGCAGCUGAUCUGGAAGCGCAGGUGAUUCAGUAGCGCAGCUGAUCUGGAAGCGCAGGUGAUUCAGUAGCGCAGCUGAUCUGGAAGCGCAGGUGAUUCAGUAGCGCAGCUGAUCUGGAAGCGCAGGUGAUUCAGUAGCGCAGCUGAUCUGGAAGCGCAGGUGAUUCAGUAGCGCAGCUGAUCUGGAAGCGCAGGUGAUUCAGUAGCGCAGCUGAUCUGGAAGCGCAGGUGAUUCAGUAGCGCAGCUGAUCUGGAAGCGCAGGUGAUUCAGUAGCGCAGCUGAUCUGGAAGCGCAGGUGAUUCAGUAGCAAAAGAUUACAAAAGAUUCAGAAGCGCAGGUUCGCACUAAUGACACACGUCCUGAAAGCUGGUAGAGUGUCACUUCAUCAAGUUCUCAGAUGUUGAACAUCAGACUCAAACUAUCAGAACUGAUCUUCUCAGACUAGCUGCCAAAAACCCAACAGGAAAUGACGCGUGUUUAUCCUGUGCCAUCUACUUCAAUCACUGUAACACGUUCACAUUCACUAACUCUCAUACAAGCCUCCCAAAUGACACUAAAUCCUAACAGUUAUGAUUUUUCCUGUUGUAAAUCAGUGACGAUGUUUCUGGCACAAGUCGUUCGUAGAAACACUUAAUUUAAAUGGAAAUAAAUGCAUAUUUUUACUUUGAUGUUUGUUCCUGCCAGUAGGAUGAAAUUCAUAUUUAUAAGAUUCUUUAUUCUAGUUGAUUUGUAUCUAAAGCGCUUUAUGUUUGUCCUCAAAUCCUCACAAUCAGAAUGUGAUUCCAGACGGAUUCUAAUGAUGAUGAUGAUGAUGAUGAUGAUGCUCUAUGAAGCUGUGUUGUAUAGUUUGGGGAUCAUAACCUCUCCAUCAAUACCUGUUAUAAAUUACCACAUGAAACCAUUAUUAUAUUAUAUAUUUGAUUGCUUUUGUUCUAUUUAUUGAUAUUUGAAUCAGGUGUCUUGAGAUCUGAAGUUUUGUCAUGUUUGUGUGUGUGUGUGUGUGUGUGUGUGUGUGUGUAAUAUGGCACACUGUGGACUCGAUGUUUAAAAGUGCAAUUAUACGAUUGAGCUUCAGUGAUGAUUUCCUGUGUGUGACUGUGACUGAAUCUACUUCACCAAUAAGACUGUCAAAUAAAUAUAAUUUAGGGAUGUUUUCUAUU